GGCGGGCCGCGCGCUAGCUAGCUAGCUAGCUAGAGAGAUGGCUUGUUUGCAGGCUCAGAUUUGGAGGUCUGCUGUGGUCGACUCGAGGCGCUGUCUGGUGAAAGGUGUGUUUGGCGGGGAAGAGGGAGCUGGGUAUGAGGUACUGCUGUGGGACGGAGGCGUCAUGUGGACCGAGAAACUGGAGGAAGAGGGGAUGGUAGAAAGGAUGGCAACCCUAAAUCCAAACGUGGAGGCUCCCAGUUCUCUUCUUCUCUCACACCUCUCAUCUCUUCUCUACUCUUCUCUCCCUGCCUUUGCUGAGACUGAGGCUGGAAAUGGCAAAACUCUCAGCAUCUCUGGAAGCAUGUCGGGCGGUCUUCCUUUUUCCUGGCAGUUUCACUGUACUCCUGCACCACAUGAUGUGGUGGAGACUCAUUUGAUGGGACCCCUGUUGAGCUGUCUCCAUGAGCUGUGUUGUCAGAGGCGAGACUUGCUGGAGGUCAUUCGCAAGAAGGAAAGGGAGAUACAAGACUACCGUGACGGCGGGGCGUCUCUGUCAAGACGGAAUCUGGAGACUGCUCCCUUCCAGGAGAAGACCUUCUGUACCUCCAGUGUAGCAUCACAGAGGUUUGAGGAUUGUGUCCAGUCCCCUCACAAAGUUCUGACUAACGACUAUUUUCAGAGUCUCUAUCAAAGUGUUGCCACAGCGACUGUCAUCUUGAAAGAUAAAGUACCUGCACAACACCCAGGAGAAGAGUCCAGUACCGAAAAUGAAGGGAGAGAUGUGCCCCCCUUUUCCAGUUCACUGCCUGGCAAGCGACCUCUACCAGCCAAGGAGGAUGAGGAGAUGGGAAGGAGAGAAGCAUUGGAGAGGAAGUUGGAUGAAGAAAGGAUCCGUGGAAAAAAGAAGAAAAAACGAUUA